CCACCGACACACCCGCCAACAUAGAUAAUAAAUAAUAAUAUCAAUAAUACAUAUUAUUUUGUUUAUGAUGUUUAUUAUUUAUGUUUACGUACAUUGUAGUUUGUUCACACUGCUGUCUGCUGUAGUACUGCGGCGGCGCCUAGCGAACGACCGAAAAUAAUACCAAUACAUAUUAUGUAGUUAUAUCCGUCAACUGUCAAGAAUCACUGUGAUUAGUGAUUACACCCAAAAAUUCUUGAUUACCCGAGAGGCCCAAACACCGAGUACUCGACAGUGUCAAGCUCGGUCUACGACUAUUGUCCUCAGAUUUGAACAGUUUGAACUUUUUACCGUAUUCUUUUAAUAUACACUACCCAUAUUGUAGCAGGCAGCUGCCCUCAGUCGGCAAUUUGUUCCGGCGAAAGCUAUUUUUUUUACCUACAUCCUCUUUAGAUUAUUGUUGUUGCACUCACCUAUUUGAUCUUUUGAUCCGACAACGACGAUACUAUUACAGAAUAUAACAACAAUUAUUAUUAUAUUUUUUUAUUUAUUUAUUUUAUUACUCUCGGCGGAUGCGCGCGCGCCCGACAUCGUUUCGUGUUCUUGCGUUUGAGUGUGCGUACAUUAUACCUGUCUGAUAUUAUAGUUAAUGUGCGGUGGGUGGUCAGUGGUCACCGUCACGUCGUCGUCGUCUUGAUGCGCUCGUCGUUUUAAUCACUUCCGACAUUGCGUCCGGCGAGUAUAAUAUUGACUAUUGAGUUACCGCUGCGCAGUUGUCCGUGUGCGGGACAUUAGCGGACAUGUCCUCCUCCGAAGGACGACCGGAGCUGGUCUCCGGCCAACGAUGGGAGGCGCGCGCCAGGGUCGAUUUCCCGUUGCACUAUCUGAUAUGGUUGCGUGAACACAAACUGCUGGAGGAGAAGCUGGAUGCAACUGGUUCCGGUCAACAGCCCGCCGUCAAGAAUCAACUAGAUAAACUAGAUCCCAGAGGUCGUACUCCUUUGAUGUUAGCUAUUACAUUAGGUGACAUAGAAUCAACCAGAUUAUUAAUAACCAGAGGAGCUAAUGUUAAUGUAAAGAAUGACGAAGGAUGGACUGCUUUACAAGAAGCAAUUGCUACAGGCGAUCCAGAAAUGGUCAAGCUUGUUAUGGAACACAGAGAUUAUCAACGUCAUUCAGAUCGAGCCACUGACGUUUCAAAACUGUUAAAGCUACUUGAAGAAUCGCCUGAUUUUUAUGUAGAAAUGAAAUGGGAAUUUAUUAGUUGGGUUCCAUUAGUAUCAAGAAUGUGUCCAAGUGAUACAUACAAAAUAUUUAAACAGGGAUCUAAUGUGCGAAUCGAUACCACAUUAUUGGGUUUUGACCAGGGUAAUUGGGAACGUGGAAAUUUGAGUUACAUAUUUUUGGGUCAAAGUAAAUCAGCUACAUUUUUAGAAGUAGAUCAUGAAGCACACAGGGUAUAUGUAGAAGAAAUACAAAUGAUACCUUUAGAUCAAGGUAUUGAAGUGAUGCGUCCAUCAGAUGAUACUAUAGCCAGCAGAUUGUCUGCUCCUAUUGUUAGUUUUGAUAUAGAUACUAAAAAAAUUAGUUUUGAAAGGAAUAAAAGUGGUAUUUGGGGUUGGCGGCAAGAUAAAUCAGAAAUAAUUAGUGAUUAUAAUUGUAAAGUAUUUAAUGCAAGUAAUGUGGAAUUUGUUACCAAAUCGAGAACAGAACAUAUGAAUGAAACUGAAAAGGCAAAAUUAAAUAAUACAAAAAAUCCCAUCCAGUCAAUUUUAGGCUCAAGUGAAGAAACAUGUCCAGUUAAAUCAGAACUUGAAGUUACUAUGGCUGAAUAUUUUGAUGAAUUGGUUGAUAUCAAAGGUAGAUAUAUACGGAAGCCAAUUGAGCAAACUACAAAAGUCACAAAAAUCAAGGCUAAUUUGUGGCUUAGUGAAGAUUAUCCACUUAGUUUGAAAGAACAGAUUAUGCCAAUUGUUGAUUUAAUGGCAAUUACUAGUUCUCAUUUUGCCAAACUAAAGGAUUUCAUUGAAAUGCAGCUACCUUCAGGAUUUCCAGUUAAAAUUGAAAUACCACUAUACCAUAUUUCCAAUGCCCAAAUCACAUUUGGUAACUUAUUUGGGACAGAUAAAGCUAUAGAAGGUGUUCAAACAUUAGAAAACAAUGGAAAAAUAUUCUGUGUAGUUGAAGAUUCUGUAUUUUUUCCUCCCAGAAGUUAUGUAGUCCUGGGUGCUGAACAAAGACGUCAAAUUGGUAUGGACAAUGAUGAAGAACUACUUCAAUUUGCUGUUCGACAGAGUCUUUUAGAAACUGGAGCUGAAGAAGAUCAAGUUGAUAUUUGGGAAGCUUUACAAGUUCAACGACCAAAUACUCCCAAUGACCUCUAUUUUGACCCAGCUGAUGAAGAAUUACAAAGAGCAAUCCAUGCAAGUUUGACCGAGUGUACAUUUGUGCCUGCGGUUUCACAAUCAGAAGCACCAGAUUUAGUUGAAAAUGCAGCGGCUGAUGAUGCAGAUGCUGAUCUUAAAGCAGUAUUGAGGUUGUCUAUUGAAGAAAAAAGGCAGGCUGAACUACAGGCACGUAUGGAAGAAGAAAUGUUAGAAAAAAUAUUACAACUAUCUCUGACCGAAAAAUAAUUUAUUUUUAUUUAUUAUUAUUUGUUUUAUUAUUGUUUUACUUUCUGUGUCCCAUUAAAAAUUUACAAAAUAAUUAAAAUAAAAACUAAAUAAUUAUUGUAAGAUGGUGAGUUAACAAUUAUAAAGAGUUUAAAUUUUGAUAUAUUUUUAUACUAUGAAAAUAUUUUUGAUUUAAAUAUGUGCAAUAUAUAUUGCCUGUAAUUUUAUGUAUUGCAAAUUCCCUAUGUAUUUCAAUUUCACCUCUCCGAUUAUCACCUAAUUUUAUUUUAUUACAGUUUAUUGGUUAUGUCUUAUUUAUAAGAAAUAUUUCUGUAUCUAGAAUAUAAUUUAUACCAUAUGAGAGUAAUCGUAAGCGAUGACCGAUUGGUGUCUGGUUUGGUCUUACCACACUCCUAGAUUAAAUCAACUUUCAUUGUUAGCUUUCGUUUCCGACGAUUGGCUGCUUUAAAAAUUACUUUACCGUGUUAAUCUUAGCUAAAUGCAAACUAGGGGUUGUUGAAAUAAUAAAGUGACGGUCCUAAGAGCAUGUCACUUGGCACAUGUUAGCCACACCCUCAUUACUGCUGCCGUACGCAGAAGCCCGCCACAUGAGGUUACUCUUAUGUAAGACAGAGUAUAUAUUAUAUAUAUAUAUAAAAAUAUAAAACAUUUCCAGUUAAUUAUUUUGGUCGUUAGAUAAAAUAUAGCCUCGUUGGAAUUCCUUUUUUUAAAUAUUUAACUAAAUUUUAUUAAUAGUAAAAUAUUAUGUAAAUUAUAACAAAUAAUUUUCCCUAUAUUUUAAUAUUUUUUUAACAAUAA